AUGGGCGGGAAAAGGACCGCGGCCGAGGCCGACAGCAGCAGUGGCAGCAGCGACGACGAUGAGGAGCCGUACAGUGAUGAGGUUGGCAGCGAUGGCGACGAUGCCAGCAGCGUGAAUGACGAUGCCACACACAUGGAUGAAGGGGACGACGAUGGCAACCACCUGAGCAUGCACAGGCGGUUGCUGCGCUGCCCAACAGGCCCGUGCGCCAGAACAUCAGCGUCAGGGCCGUCUCAAAGUCGGAAUACCCAGACGCUACCGCUGACUGGCGGCAUUGAGGAGGCGACGCGGCAGGUCGACACGUCCAUGGCUGUCCCGCCAAGCACAAAGCCCGCGAGCAAACGCAAGAAGACGACAGCAUCCACAUCGUCGACAGCGUCGAAAGAGCGCACACCACGCGGGAAGAAGAAGGGCGGGCCAUCAGCAACACCUUCGACUUCAGCAAAGCGGAGCACACAGCGGCGGCGCAAAGCAGCAGCACCUGCGGACAGCGCCAGUGACAGUGAUGAGGAAGACGAGGAGGAAGGAGAGGAUGUGGAAGCAAACUUCCUGGAGCCGAGCGGGAUGUACACUGCGGUGAUGGAUGAACUGCGCAAGAAUUCCACCGCCUCCACAGAACGCUUGUGCCGCAUGCUCACAGAUAUGGACCGCUACCGCAUGAAUCCGCGGGGAUUUCUCUCCAAAUGGGGAUUUCCACGGGAGCCAUUCAAGUCCAUGGAGCAUGCACAGGCGGUUGCUGCGCUGCCCAACAGGCCCGUGCGCCAGAACAUCAGCGUCAGGGCCGUCUCAAAGUCGGAAUACCCAGACGCUGCUGUGAAAGUGCUGCAGCAGACAGACCGAACGCCACUGCAUUAUCGCGACCUCACAAAGCGCACCGUCGACUCUGGACUGCUGGACGGAACAUCCACAAACGUCCACGUCACAAUGAACAGUCAGCUGAAUCGUUGUCUCGACUUUUACAACGCCGGCCACGGCUAUUUUGGCCUCAUGGAGUGGAGGCACCGCGAUGCGAUUCUGCAAGUGCUGAAAGGAAAGCCUGUGGCGGAGGUUGUGCCGCCAAUCACGCGGCCCCGCAGCAAGGACGACGAUGAUGGCGAUGAUGGUGAUGGCAAGGACCGGGCGCGCCACGGGCGCGGUGGUGGCGAUGGUGAUGAUAAUGGGGGUGAUGGCGGCAACGACGCCGACAAGGCGAGCGCAGCCGGCUCUGCCACAUCGUCUCCACGUAAAGGUGGUGAGCAUGGUGAGCAGCAGCAGCAACAGCAAGCAGGAGGGUCGUGGCGCAAGGCGGGCAAUGACAUCAACAUGCCGUUCUCGGCGAUGUUGCCGAGUGGGACGGGCCCAGUUGUGUUUGAGGGCCACAAGCUCAACCCAGCGACGGUGCGAGGGACGCAGCGGAAGGUGAAGCGGUGGCGUGGUACGCAGGGCUGGAACGAGCACUGGAAGACGCACGACCGGCCCAACAUGGGCUCCAUUCACAAAACCUACCAUCUCGGGAUGGGCGCUUCGUCUCAAGGGCGGUGUGCGACUGGCUUCCCGCACCUUCAGGUGGCGAUGGGCUCAACGGAUCCGCGAGGUUGAAACGCCAGACAAACGAUUUCUUUGCCGUGACGUGUUUUUGUCUCCGGUGCUCCGUUGAGUAAAACGUUGCGAAAUUUUG